AUGAGACACUACCGGGGCUCCCUUAGGAGCCUCCAUCGAAUACCCUCUCGAUUCAACAAUCACACACGACUCCCACGAAGGCGAUUGACGCCUCGCCAACACCGUCAGUUUUGGACGUCGCAUUCCAAACGCGAUCCUAAGGAAGAAGAACAACAACGGUCGACGUUGCCAGUAGCAGUAAUCACCGGCGGGCUAUUCAUCUGGUGGCUUUACCCUUCUGACGACUUUGCACAGCUUUCCGGCAAACAGGCCAGAUUACGAAACGAUAAGGACUCAGGACAAGACAAGAGCCCAGAUAAAAGUCAAAAUUCCGAAUCAGACGCGGACCAGUCGGCUUGGAUCAACUUUUCUCGCCGUUUCGAGGCAUUCUCCACGCUUAAUAGCCUUGAGUUCUCCUCGUUUCCCGACAAGAUCGUCAACUCUUUGCUCCCGGAAUGGUCCAGACUCAUCCCCGGAUAUGUUCGCAAGCUACAGCGCGAGCUGUCCAUGUCACCGGGCUCUUUGGCCGACGAGAUUUGGCAUGAUGCCCAUGAUCCAUUGAUCAACCCCGAAAUUCAAUAUUCCGCCACGGUCCGAGUAUCCCCUGAUAUUUGUGACGAAGAGAAGGAAUAUUUGUCUAGGCGGAAACGAGUCGCUAGAGUUGGCCUGGCCAAAUAUCUUGGGCUCAAAGAGGAUGAGGUUCAUCCGGACGACGUUCCUACAAUCGCCAUGUGUGGCUCAGGAGGAGGUCUGAGAGCGCUCAUUGCGGGAUCCGGAUCCAUCCUUGCCACAGAGGAAGACGGCUUAUUCGACUGUGUGACAUACACAUCGGGCGUGAGCGGUUCAUGCUGGCUUCAGGCUCUGAACUUGACCUCUUUUAACCAGGGGAGCCUCAAAAAACUAAUCGAACAUCUGAAAGCCAGGUCUUCCACUCACAUUGCGUACCCACCCGAGGCAUUUCAGGCGCUUGCCUCCAUGCCCACCAACAAAUAUCUGCUGAGUGGUAUGGUUGAAAAGCUCAAGGGUGACCCCAAGGCCGACUUUGGCUUGGUUGAUGUCUACGGCGUGUUGCUAGCAGCAAGAUACCUGGUCCCGAAAGGAGAUCUUGGCGUCAAUGACCGCGAUUUCAAACUUUCGAACCAACGGCAGUAUGUUCAAUAUGGACAGCUCCCGCUACCUAUCUACACUGCCGUGAGGCACGAAAUUCCCUACUUGCCUGAAGCGUCCAAACAAGGGCCUAUCGAAGCUGAAAUUGCCAAGGAGGAGGCAAAGAAAGAAGCUUGGUUUCAAUGGUACGAGAUUACUCCUUACGAAUUCUUUUGUGAAGAGUUUGGCGCGGGUAUUCCCACAUGGGCUCUUGGCCGAAGAUUCAAGUCAGGCCGUGACAUCGCUCCUGAGCACGGCUUCCAUCUUCCGGAGAUCCGAUUACCACUACUCAUGGGCAUCUUUGGUAGCGCAUUCUGUGCUACCCUUAGCCACUACUACCGAGAGAUUAAGCCCCUGGUCCAAGGAUUAACUGGCUUUGGCGCCAUUGAUGACCUUAUCUCGACACGAGACGAUGAUCUGAUCAAGGUGCAUCCGAUUGACCCUGCCAAGAUACCCAACUUUGCUUACGGCAUGCACGGAAAGCUCCCAGAGACAACCCCUGGAAGUAUUUAUGACAAUGAGUACAUCCAACUCAUGGAUGCCGGAAUGUCCAACAACUUGCCCAUCUAUCCUCUUCUCCGACCAGGUCGAGAUGUUGAUGUUCUUGUCGCAUUUGAUGCUUCUGCAGAUAUCAAGACUGAUAACUGGCUCUCAGUCGCAGACGGAUAUGCUCGGCAACGUAAUAUCAAGGGCUGGCCAGUUGGAAUUGGCUGGCCCAAGUCAGGAGAAGCCACAUCUCAAGUUGUCGAAGAGCUCGAUGAAGCCCAGGCCAAAUCUACACGUGAGGCGGAAAACAAACUUCGAGAAGCCAAGAAAGAACAGAAGGAACUGCGCCAAGAAGCUCAUGAAGAAGGCAAACAAGUUAUGGCCGAGAACGACAAAACUAAAUUCGAACAUGGCGAUCAAGAGUCCGGUGAUUUGGGAUACUGUACUGUCUGGGUCGGAACAAACCAAGAGCGCAGUUCUAAGCCACCUCCUCCUUCAAAAGCAUUAUCUGGAGAUAACUCGUGGCAAUUGAUGGAGCCCGAGGCCGGCAUUGCAGUUGUCUAUUUGCCAUUCAUCUCUAACGACAAGGUGCCCGGCAUCUCCCCCGGCACUACCGACUACCUCAGCACAUGGAAUUUCAUCUAUACCCCUGAGCAGAUUGACAAUGUGGUUGAGUUGGCACGAGCAAACUACAACGAAGGAAAGCAGCAGAUCCGCGAUACCAUUCGUGGAGUUUACGAACGCAAGAAGAAGCUUCGUGAGGAAGCCGAGAAGGCGCAGCGAGAAGAUCGCUAUAGAUCUCUUGUGAGGAGAGGAGAGGGUGUCCGUCUGGGCGAGGGCGACCAUUUCAGUUGA